AUGAAAUGGAUAUGGCAUACAAAUCCAACAACAGUGUGGCAUGAAUUUCAAGUAGUGAAAAUAAUUCAGAAAAUACAAGUAUCCCACAUUACACCAAUUGAGUUACAAGCAACCAACACAGAAAAUACAAGACAGAAAGAAAUGGAUCAUACUUGUCAUGCCAUAACGGUCAAAAAUAUUAUGUGCAGCCAAACACAUUUAAUCUUUCACAUGUGCAUAGUUACUCCUGACUUUGUUCCCGCAUCUUCAGAUUUGCGGAUAAGUAAAAAUGAAAGCAAAGCAAAAACCAAAUUAAAAUAUAAAUAUAACAUGCUGAUAACAGCUACAUAG